UCAUCACAUCGGUGUCAUUCUUUCCCUGUACUCCAAGUCUCUCCCUUGUUGGCUGUGCCAUACACUCUUUUGACGAACUAGACGUUCGAUCACGCUCCCUUAAGCACAACCUCGAUUCACUUCUAAACCACCAAUCUUCUUCUUCUCGCCAAAAACCCCAUCACAGCUUCCAAGAUGCGCUUCUCUUUCACUGCCGCCACUCUGGCUGCCCUCGUUGGCUACUCCUCCGCCCAUACCAUGGUUGUCGACAUCCACGUCAACAGCAAGAAUGUUGGCGAUGGUCGCUCCCUGAACGGCCAGGGCUCUAAGCAGUACAUCCGCAGCCCCCCCAAUAACAACCCUGUCAAGGACCUCAAGAGCGCCAGCAUCGUCUGCAACGUCAACGGUGGUAAGGCUGCGAAGGAUUUUGCCCCUCUUGCCGCUGGUGACAAGGUCGCGUUUGAGUGGUUCCACAACACCCCCGGUGACGACAUCCUCGACGCUUCCCACAAGGGUCCGGUCAUCACCUACAUCGCUCCCUUCACUGAGGACGCCGGCACUGGCCCCAUCUGGACCAAGAUCAGUGAAGAGGGCUUCUCCAACGGCAAGUGGGCUACUGACAAGCUCAUUGCCAACAAGGGUGUGUCCGGAGACAUCACGAUUCCCGCGUCCCUCAAGGCCGGCAAAUACCUCCUCCGACAAGAGAUCAUUGCCCUUCAUGAGGCCGAUACCACCUUCGACGUCAACCCGGCUCGCGGAGCUCAGUUCUACCCCUCCUGCGUCCAGGUCGAGAUCUCCGGUACCGGUUCCGACGUUCCUCCCCAGAAGUUUGACUUCAACACCGGCUACACUUACGCCGACACCGGUAUCAAGUUCAACGUCUACGGCGCCGACGGUUCUACUUACAAGAUUCCCGGCCCCGAGGUCUGGACGGGAGGUGCCGGUUCUAGUUCCGGCUCUGCCCCCGCCCCCGCCCCCUCUGAUCCCGACACCGGCUGCAAGAGCCGCCGCUCCCUCAAGGAACGCCGCUCUGCUCACUACUAAACGCAGUCUGAGACUACGCAGUCAUUGCUUGGUCUUAUGCCAUUGAUGAUGGUCUCAUGCGUCAAGAUGGGAGUUGUUGUAUAUUUCACCUGACACCAGAUGUGCAAUCCCGACUUAUUGCGUCCUGCCUGGUGCAUGGUUUUAGAAACAAGAGCUUCUGGCUGAGCUCGGUUUCAGAAUCUGCAUUCUUGUAUAUAGUACCUUGAAUAGCAUUAAGCCUGCAUAUAUCCUGA